UUGUCAUAAUUAAAACUUUGUUAAGAUAAAGUGAUUAUUUCAUGCACUUGCUUAGUUGAGGGUCCAUUAUUAUCAUAAUAGAAAACCUUCUUUUUAUCACACACUAAUCACGUUCUGACUCUAUUAGGCAGAUUCAAUUUCCAAUUAUUAUUAGUAUUAUUGGUCUAUCCAAACUCUAUCAAUUGUAGGUGGCAACCUAAAUUAAAAGCAACAACAUGUCCUUAAUGUGUAGGGUCUAAUUCAACCUCUUAAAUUGAUGGAAAUUUUUGGACAAGUCAACUUGACAAACCAUCCUCUAAAUACUAAUUAAUUGCACCAUCUAAUAGUAUAUGGUAAGGCAAAAGCUUCCGUAUCCUAUAUGUAUCUAUAUAUGUAUCUAUGCACAGUGAUGUUUUUGACAGUGUCAGAGAUUUUUAUUUCCUUCUUUCAUUCAAUUUUUGUUGUUUUGAAUAAAAGUUAAACCUCUUGUCUUAUCCUAAUAAAAAUGAGCAUGCUAGAAAAACAAGCCAAAGCAUGUUGAAAGAAAAACCAAGACUCAUAAUAAUUUCAUAAAAACGACAAGGAAAAAUGGGCACCCCACUAACCUGUCAAAAAUCAAUCUUUAUACAGCAAAAAUUUUACCAUUAUCUUCAAUACGACAGAUUACUCAACAAAAACCAGUUUUUACCAAUUCUCAAUUAUCAAUCUACCACACUGCAUCUACCUAAAACAAACCCUUUUCUCUGUCUUCUUCCAAACACAAGCCAACCAUAAAAGACAUAAACUUUGUUCUUCCAUCAAGCAUCAAACCAUAGAUAGCUUCAAAAACAAAACAAAAAAAACCAGACAUGGAAGAAACCACUAGUGUUAGUUAUAAUCAAAAUUAUAGUGGAUCACCAAUAACCAACAUACCUCAAGAUUACAUCUUUACUAUUAUCCUUCUUCUUCCUAUAGAUGCAAUUCUAUCUCUUUCAGUGACUUGCAAGAGAUUCAAAGCUAUAACUUCAUCAGACACACUGUGGAAAUCUUUAUGCAAGAGAGACUUAGGUUCAACAUGUGUGGAUUCACUACUCAAGUCUUGUAAUAAUUUCAAUCAGUUUUCAUGGAUGAAACUCUAUAAGCAAGUAUAUCAGAUAGAUUCUGUUUGUUGUCAUAAAUUGUCAUACCCUCAUGGAGAUUUGGAUUUCCCUAAAGCAAGAGCUUCUCACUCUCUCAACUUUGUUUCUGACUGUCUUGUUUUGUUUGGUGGUGGUUGUGAUGGAGGACGACAUCUUGAUGACACGUGGGUGGCAUACAUCGGUAAUGAUUUCCCGAGAAUAUUGAAAUGGAAGACAGUUCAUUCAGGCAUACCAAGUGGAAGAUUUGGUCAUACAUGUGUAGAAAUGGGUGAUUUGCUUGUUCUCUUUGGAGGUAUCAAUGACCAUGGAAACCGUCAAAAUGAUACAUGGAUUGGAAAAGUUACACAUAAUGAAAACAAAGGCAUAACAUUUUCAUGGAAAAUGCUAGAUGUUGGGAAUAUUGCUCCACCUCCUAGGGGAGCUCAUGCUGCUUGUUGCAUUGAUGACAAGAGAAUGGUAAUCCAUGGAGGAAUUGGACUUCACGGCCUCCGUUUAGGGGACACGUGGAUCUUAGAGCUGUCAGAUAGUCAUUGUUUCGGUACAUGGCAUGAGAUUGCUAUACAUCCAUCGCCUCCACCACGUUCAGGACACACGUUGACUUGCAUUGGAAGAAAUAGGACAAUACUAUUUGGAGGUAGAGGUUUAGGUUAUGAAGUGCUUCAUGAUUUGUGGUUAUUGGAAUCUUGUCAAGGUUACAUGAGAUGGAUUCAAGUCCUUUAUGAUUUACAAAACAUACCAGAUGGUGUUUCACUUCCUAGAGUUGGUCACACUGCUACAAUGGUUUUAGGAGGUAGAUUGCUAAUUUAUGGAGGAGAAGACUCAUCAAGACAUAGGAAAAAUGACUUUUGGAUAUUAGAUAUUAGUUCUUUUCCUUCAACCACAGCGAGUUCAAAGAGAGUGUUGACAAGAAUAUGGAAACGUUGGAAAUCAAAUGGAUAUGAACCAAAAUCUAGAUCGUUUCAUCGUGCCUGUGUAGAUCCUUCUGGUCGUCAUUUAUAUGUGUUUGGUGGAAUGGUGGAUGGUUUAGUUCAGGCUGUUGAACCUUCUGGACUCGGUUUUGAUAAGGAGCUCUUUCUUGUGGAGCUUGUGCUACAACUCUAAGGACUAAUUGGAAUUGAGAUUGUGUAUAGUGCGAUUAAAUGCAGCUAGCCACAUAUGGACCAUUCGGUUUUGGUGUAGAUUAUGUUUGUUUUUAAAAUCUAAAAUACCGAGUUUGAAAUUUAGACUGUCUGGUCUUAAUCGAAAGGUUUAGAUGUGAUUGAUUGUAUGCAGUCACAAGGUUGUGCCUCCAACAACUCUGAUCCUUAAUUAAGUAGGCAAUGAAUCUCAUGUAUUUUCAAUUACAUAGCCAUUAUCUAGUGUCAUUUACUGCUAUUAUAGUAUUGCUAUUGUAAAUACAGAAACUAUAUUAAUCUUUCAUUUUCAA